CAGAGAGUUGGAGAGGACUCGGGACAUUGCUGGUCAGGAGGGCCCUGAAUGCCCAGUCUGAGCUUGUAAACAGGUGCUUGCAGUAAUAGGCGUGCGUCAGCGAGCAGGGAUAUUACUGUGGCAGGGAAUAUUCUGGGAAACCAUGAUUGUAAGAUUCAACCGUCUGAAGAGAGGCCUGUUCCUUCUAGGGAUGCUCUUUACGGUGUCCCAUCUUGUGCUUUCUGAGGAGGUGGGUCCUGCAGAGAAAGAAGUCACAUUUAGCCAUGUCUACAGGAUUGACUCCGGCUGUAAACAGGGUUCUCAAGUGGCUCAGCUUUCCCAGGACCAGGCCUCAGAAGGACAGUUAGUCACAGUGGAUGGAGAGAAUGACAUUGUCUUCAAGCACAACAUACGUCUGCAGUCGGCUGGUUGUGGAUGUGCAGAUUCUGAGGACUUCAAAGCCCUGCUGUACCGUGUAAAUGGCCUGGAGGAGGAAGUCACCUACCUAAAGAGCCAAUGUGCUCAGGGCUGCUGCAAAGGAGGGUCAGGUGUGGACACUAGCUGCAGUGGGCAUGGCACAUACCAGCAUGACUCUUGCAGUUGUAAGUGUAACCCAGGUUGGGAGGGUCCAGACUGCUCCAUCUCUUCCUGCCCUGAUGAAUGCAACGAUAAUGGCCGGUGUGUUGAUGGACGCUGUGUCUGCUAUGAAGGCUACACCGGCCGUGACUGCAGCCAGCUCACGUGCCCCAAUGACUGCAAAGACAAAGGCCACUGUGUGGAUGGCAAAUGUGUGUGCUUUAGUGGAUUCUCAGGAGAAGACUGCAGUAUUGCCACCUGUCCGAACGACUGCAUAGGAAAUGGACGCUGCGUGGAUGGACAGUGCAUCUGCGAUGAGGGAUUCUUUGGAAUCGACUGCUCCAUGGUUCUAGGACCAAAAGGCCUUCGUCUGAUCAAAGUCACAGAUACAUCUUUGCUGGUGGAGUGGGAGUCUGUGAGAGGAGCUGAGUACUACAUCCUGUCCUACUAUCCAAAUGGAGACGAGGGAGCCAUUAAAGAGGUCCAGGUGGAAAACACGAAAAACUCCUACCUGAUCACAGGCCUCAGACCCGGAGUCACAUACAUAGUGCAGGUGUACGCUGUCAUCAAGGGCAUUAACAGUGAAUCAGAUGAAAUAGUGGCUACGACUGAGGUCUCUGGUAUUGAAGGAAUCAAGGUGCUGGGCCAGACAGAGGACUCUAUCCAGGUGGACUGGAAGAACCCUGCAAUUGCCGUGGACUUCUUCAAACUGACCCAUGCCAGUCCUGAUGGUCAGGGAGGACAGGAGAACGUGGCAAUGAGCCAAGAGGCCAGAACCAAACACACCAUUGUAGGCCUCAACCCAGGAACAGAAUAUCAGAUAGGCGUGCAAGCAAUCAAAGGUGAAAGCGAAGGCAAGCUGUCAUAUGCCACAGGGGUCACAGACAUCGAUUCCCCAACCAAUCUGGCAACCAGGGAGGUGACAGAGAACUCUGCAACCGUGACGUGGGAUGGUGUUCGUGCUGAGAUCGAUGGCUACAUGCUGACUUACAGCUCUGCAGAGGGCACUAGCCGAGAAAUUAAAGUGGCCGCUGAUGCUACUUCUUACCAGCUGACCUCUCUGAAACCAGGAGUCCUGUACACAGUUUUCCUCUGGGCCUACAAGGGCUCUCGUUCCAGUAGGAAGAGCAUGACCGAAGCAGAGACGGAUAUAGACGCUCCUACUAACCUCAUGACCAGGGAGGUGACAGAGGACUCGGCGUUGGUGACGUGGGACAAGGUGCAGGCUGACAUUGAUGGCUACAUGCUGAGCUACAGCUCUAUAGAUGGCUCCAGUCAGGAGGUUCGAGUAGGAGCUGACAGCACCUCCUACAGGUUCACUGCUCUGAAGCCUGGAGUUCUCUACACAGUCUAUGUGUGGGCCAUCAAGGGCCCUCGCUCUAGCAAAAAGAGCUCGACAGAAGCAGAAACAGAUAUAGACGCUCCUACUAACCUCUUAACCCGAGAGGUGACAGAGGACUCGGCGUUGGUGACGUGGGACAAGGUGCAGGCCGACAUUGAUGGCUACAUGCUGAGCUACAGCUCUAUAGAUGGCUCCAGUCAGGAGGUUCGAGUAGGAGCUGACAGCACCUCCUACAGGUUCACUGCUCUGAAGCCUGGAGUUCUCUACACAGUCUAUGUGUGGGCCAUCAAAGGCCCUCGCUCUAGCAAAAAGAGCUCGACAGAAGCAGAAACAGAUAUCGACGCUCCUACUAACCUCUUAACCCGAGAGGUGACAGAGGACUCAGCGUUGGUGAUGUGGGACAAGGUGCAGGCCGACAUUGAUGGCUACAUGCUGAGCUACAGCUCUAUAGAUGGCUCCAGUCAGGAGGUUCGAGUAGGAGCUGACAGCACCUCCUACAGGUUCACUGCUCUGAAGCCUGGAGUUCUCUACACAGUCUACGUCUGGGCUGUGAAAGGCCCUCGCUCAAGCAGAAAAGCCACAACUGAGGCUGAAACAGAGAUUGAUGCGCCAAAGAAUCUCAAAGCCAUUGAUGUCCAGACUCAAACCUCCACUAUAACAUGGAAAGCUCCUCAGGCUAAUAUUGAUGGCUACAUCCUGACCUACAGGGCUGAGGAUGGCAGCAUGCAGACUGUGGAAAAAAUGGUGACUGCGCGGGAGAAUAGAUUUGCACUUUCUGACCUCGCAGUGGGGAAAAAGUACAUUGUCACCCUUAUUGCCUACAGGAGCACAAAGAGGAGUAGGGUAGUGGAGACAAGCUUUAGCACAGUGAGCCAGGCCUACCCGUUCCCAAUGGACUGCACUCAGAUUAUGAGGAAUGGAAACAUGGAGAGUGGCGUCUACACAAUUUACGUCAACAACAACCGUAGCAGAACCAUGCAGGUGUAUUGUGACAUGACAACUGAUGGCGGCGGCUGGAUUGUGUUCCAGAGACGAAACACCGGCAAAAUAGAUUUCAUGAGGCGCUGGAGAGAGUAUAUGAAAGGCUUUGGAGAGCUGACAGAUGAAUUUUGGCUCGGCUUGGAGAAGAUCCAUGAACUGACUAAUACUCCUACACAAUAUGAAGUGCGUUUCGAUCUGGGCUUGGGAUCAGAGCGGACAUAUGCUGUCUACGAUAACUUCAAAGUAGCACCAUCCAAACAGAAGUUUAAACUUACCAUUGGCAACUACAAGGGAAAUGCUGGUGAUGCCAUGACCUACCACCAGGGAGGGUCUUUCUCCACGGUGGAUUCAGACAAUGACAUUGCGCUUGGUAACUGUGCUCUGACUCACCAAGGUGCCUGGUGGUACAAGAACUGCCACCUGGCCAAUCUGAACGGCAGAUUUGGGGACAGCAGACACAGUAUGGGAGUAAACUGGGAGCCAUGGAAGGGGCACCUCCAGUCUCUCGACUUUGCAGAAAUUAAGAUCCGGCCAGUGGGAGCAGUGGGCAGACAGAAGAGGUCAUUGAAAAGGAGAGUAGCUGUGUAUUAAUAAUCACUUGACAAAAACUACAAAAUGUUAUAUUAAAAUCCAAAACAUAUGGGAAUUGAAUCAAACCAGAUUGGAAUAGCUCUUCAUAUCAGAAAAGCCACUCUAUGCUGUAGAUUGUAUGCUGUGUAAUUGUAUUUUGUAUCAUUUUACAAAAGGCAGAUUUUGAAUAGAAUAUGCUAUACUUGUUUUGAUUUAGUAUAUAUACACACUGUAUAUGAAAGAAAUCCAAACCAAAAUGUGUAGCAUAAACUGACAUGCCAGUGCCAUUCCUAACCCAAGGGGUGUUUUUCAUACAUUUAAGUGAAGGUAUAUUGCAUUAUAAUCUUCACAGAACCUCUUUUUUUAAUUUUAUUACAGUGUUUUGCACCAAAGGACUUUGUACUGUAUGAUAAAGUUUUGAAUGGAUAUUCAGGAUUUCCCCAUCAUAAUAGCUGACAAUUAUGAUUUAAUUCAAAUGUCAUGUAUAAAAAGACGUUUAUAACAGAUUUUAAGCUAUAAUGUCUUCCAUCUGGUUGUGUACUGUAGUUGUACUAUAAUUCCUGACACAGACACCAAAUCGAGUGUCACAUAUUUUCACAGAAAUAAAGUUGUUGAAA